UUAAUAAUGGGUGAUCAAGAAGUGAAGUUGUUAGGUCUAUGGGCUAGCCCUUUUAGCAAAAGGGCAGAAAUCGCGUUGAAGAUGAAGGGGAUCAGUUAUGAAUUUGUGGCGCAGGAUUUGUCUAACAAGAGCCCUGAGCUUCUGAAAUACAAUCCGGUUCAUAAGAAAGUCCCUGUGCUAUUACACAAUGGGAAGCCAAUUUGUGAAUCUGUAGUGAUUAUUGAGUACAUUGAUGAGACUUGGAAGUCUGGACCCUCUAUAUUGCCGGAAGAUCCUUAUGCCAGAUCCUUGGCUCGUUUCUGGGCAAAAUUCAUUGAUGAUAAGUGUCUUCCUGCUAUAUGGAAGGUCAGGAAGAGCGAAGAGGGGGAACGAGAGAAAGCCAUUGAAGAAGCAACAGAGCACUUAGUAACACUUGAAACCGAACUCAAAGGCAAGAAGUUCUUUGGUGGAGAUGAGAUCGGACUAGUUGACAUUACUGCUAAUUUCAUAGCACUUUGGCUUGUCGUCGUACAGGAGUUGGUGGGGAUAAAAUUGGUUACAAGAGAGAAGUUCCCAAGAUUAUGUGAAUGGAUUGAUGAUUACCUUAAUAACAGCGUUAUAAAGGAGACAUUGCCUACCCAAGAAGAAUUAGUAAACCGCUUCCGAGCUAAAUGA